GCUGCAGCGAGGGAAAGCUGGCGGAUUCCGCAAUCUCUCAUGCACACCCCUCCUCCCGCCUUGCUUCUUGAGCGAGCUCUUGCCCAAACCAUCCUCUUUCUGUCUAAAAGGCAGUUGCGAACUUGGAACCCUACUCUAUAAAAGAGAGAAAAGGCGUCUUUCGGCAAGGAGUAGAAAGCGCAGAGCCGUCUGUGCUUGAGUUUGGCAGCAAGUAUGAGCGGCUGGGUGCAGCUUCAUAAAAAGGGAUCCACCACAUAGCGAUUUCACUGGGAGCUUCGAGCCAUUUUUUCUCUCCCAACUGCUUUUUUAUUCCAGCACUUUUUCGCAUACUUUUUUAUUUUCAAAACACAAGGCGAAAUGACUUCCUCUGCGCAAACAAAGGAGCCGCUGGUCGAUACUUUGCGCUCGGCAGACCGCGAGACAGUGGAGGCAAUAGUCACGCAGCUGGCCGACAAGCUGGAAACGCUCAAGGUGGAGACAGAAAUAAGCACCAGCCCCACGAGUCCGCCUGUGAUCCGCCAUGCUGGCACCACAGCCGCAAGCACAUCACAUGACGACGCCAGGCGGCCGCUCUCGACGUCCUUGAGCUCGACGAGCCUGGCGCCAAGCAGCAGCCGGCAGGCGCACCGCGCAUCACUGGCGUUCGGCGGGCAGGGCGGCAGCACGGCGACGCCGACAGUGUGUGCGUACUGUGGGACGCAGCUGGCGGGCAGCGGCUCGGCGUCGCUGAACAGCGAGAUCGGAUACUGCUGCGUGAACUGCGAGGGCGUGCUGAACGUGGAGGAGACGAAUGUGACGCCAAUGCCGAACCGGGCGAACACGGGCGAGUUCGAGUCGACGCAGACGCUGAACGAGUACUUCCAGCCAGCACACAGCGCGCCGACAGUGUGCGAGGCGUGCCAGGAGCCGCUGAGCGACGAGUACAUCAACAUUCAAGGGCGGCGGUUCCACGUCAUGCAUUUUGUAUGCCAUGACUGUCGUAUCCCGCUGUAUGCCCUGGGCGGAUACCUGCAGGACCCUGUGGGAGGCGAGAAGUUCUACUGCCAGCGCGACUACCUGCAGCACUUUUCGCCCAACUGCCACGCAUGUGCCAUUCCGAUUACCUCGGGGGAGAUGGUUGUGGCCCUGGGCCGCACGUAUCACUCGGAGUGCUUCGUGUGCUCGAUCUGCCAGUCGCCGUUUGUCGGCGACGAGUGCUACGAGCACGACGGCCAGCCCCUGUGCGAAUGGCACUGGUACAUCCAGAACGGCCGCCUGUGCGUCGAGUGCGGCGCCAUCAUCAAGGAGCACUGCGUGAUGACCAGGGGCAAAAAGUACCACCAGCAGUGCGCCGAGCAAAAGUACGGCGAGCGCGCUGUGUCGCUCGAGGAGGCCAAGCGCCGGGUCCGUGCCCAGAGAGGCAAUGCUUAAAGAUAGACGUCUAUUGUGCGCGUACUUGUCUCCAUUUUCCUGCUUUCUGGGUAUGCGCCGACCUGGACACACCCUUCUGUCGUCAGGUGGCAGGGAUUCGCAGAUACACCGUCCCCCUGCUGCCUGGC